AGCGAGAAAAGUUUAAAACAAAACAACAACAGUUUACGGUCACCAGGCCCCAAAUUCCAAAGAACAAAAGCCACGUUUUUGGGAUUUGGGAAUUGGUUUGGUGUUAACUUGGGGAGAUGGUAUUCUCGUCCAACCCCUUAUCCCUCAGCGUCCCAGAACCCGCCUUCGAGUCAUGGCUCCGCGACUCCGGCUAUCUCGAAGUCCUCGACCACCGCGCUUCCUCCACCGCCACCACAAGCUCUGACUCUUCCGCCGCCUCCGCCACAACCACCACCACCAUCACCACCUCAACCUUUAACAUCACUAGCGUUCUCUUCUCCCAUGUCCUCACCCUGCUCUCCCUCUUCACUCUCAACCCCUUCUCCAAGCUCACCACCCUCGACUUCUCCGCCCCAACGCCGUCCUGGACUUAUGGGUUCAUUGGGUCCUGCGACUCGUACUCGUUCCCGUCCACGCCGGCUCAGGCCAGGCUGAGGGUCCACGAGAAUGUCAAGCGCUAUGCCAGGAACUAUGCCACCCUCUUUGUCCUCAUCUUCUCGUGUACUCUGUAUCAGAUGCCUCUUGCUCUUGUUGGAUUGAUAUCAUGUUUGGCACUAUGGGAUGUUUUCAAGUUUUGUAGUGAUAGAUGGGGAUUAGAUCAAUACUCAGUAAUUCGACAGUGUUUGGUUCGCAUUGCCCAAUGCGUGACUGCUGUUAUUCUGAUGUAUUCAAAUGUUCAAAUGGCUCUGUUCUGUGCACUUAGCAUUAGUUAUGCAGGUAUGAUUUUACAUGCGGCAUUCCGGAAGCUAGCUCCUGCAAAGCAGCCUUCUCGUGGGAGAAGUAAGUAGGUUUGAGCAAAAUAAGCACAAAUAUGUUUAGCUGUAGUCUGAGGCCUGUUACUACUACUACAAGAGAUCAACAACCAUGACCUCUGACUCUGAUACAGAAGAUGGUGCUCUUGAAGCAGAGAUAGUAGAUAUCCAACCGCCUCACUUAUGUGAAAUGCUAAAUUAUAGUCACUCCUUUGACCAAAGAGUUUCAUGGCUUGGCCUAGUCAUCACGCCAAAGUUGAGGUUUAUUUGCUUAAGCAGUUGUACGAGUUAUAUAAUGAAAUUUUGUCUUAUAGCAGUCAUGUUCUACGAGUAAUUGUACAAGGUCUAAUGCGUCUGUUUUAGCUUCAACUCUUGGUUGAUUGACCUUAUGGUAAUUUGUAGUCAAUUGUUGAGAAAAUGUCCUUGUGAAAAGGUUAAAAGGUGCUUGAGAACACCUCUCCUGGCCAUGUGAUUAACAUGGUUUUGAAAUGCAUUUGAGCAGGUUAAAUUUUA